AUGAAGGGAAAGUUCAAAAUGCUGAGUGAUUUGAGUGGAGAAGCAAAGCUUAAAGCUCUGUUAAUGGUGGGCAUAGUAAUGGCAUCCAAAGUUUAUUGUGAAGAGCUCGAAUUAGGGUUUUACCGUCAAACAUGUCCUUCGGCCGAACGCAUCGUGAGAGACGCAGUGGAAAAGGGAGUCGCUAUCAACCCUGGAAUGGCUGCUGGCCUCAUUCGUUUGCAUUUUCAUGAUUGUAUCGUUCUUGGCUGCGAUGCAUCGAUACUCCUCGACAAAACGUCGCAAAACCCUGAUUUCGAGAGAGACCGUCCAGGCAACCCCUUAUUACGAGGCUUCGAGAUAAUCGACGACGCCAAAUCCCAGCUCGAAGCCCAAUGUCCACAAACAGUUUCUUGCGCCGACAUUUUAGCCUUUGCAGCUCGAGACAGCGUCGCUACCGUCGGACAAUUCACCUACGCCGUCCCGGGUGGUCGUCGGGACUCACUCAUCUCCCACGGGGCCAAAGUCGCCGACAACCUCCCUUUUCCGACAACCGACAUCGGAUUCCUCAAACAACACUUCGAAGAACGAGGGCUGUCGCUAAGAGACAUGGUGGCGCUUUCUGGGGCACAUUCCAUCGGAAGGACAGCGUGUGCAGAAUUUUCCGACCGGCUUUUCUUUUUCAACGGCGUUGACCAAAACAGCACCGACCCGACUUUGGACCCGAAAUUUGCGGCCUUUUUGAAAGAGAAGUGCCCGUUGGGUAGUGGGUUUGAUAAGACGGCGGAUUUGGACAACGUGACGACAAAUCGAUUGGACGUUCAGUAUUUUGAGAAUUUGAAGAGGAAUUUGGGGGUUUUGUCGUCGGAUCAGGCGCUGGCAAGUGACUCUCUUACGGCGGCGAUCGUGACGAGAUACCAGAAGAAUAGAGUGGUUUGGAUGAGAGAUUUCGCGGCGGCGAUGGUGAAGAUGGGGAAGCUGCAGGUUUUGACCGGAACUCAAGGGGAGAUUAGAAAGAAUUGCCAUUUUAGAAAUUAG